UAUCGUAACGUGACGUUGACUGAAUGAAAAACUUAAGUAACUUCCAAUAUAUUUUAGAAAAAAAUGCCUGAUUCAAAAAAUCAAGAAAACUUAUUAGUUGUGACAAAAAAUAUUGCACAGUUUUCGACAAAUUUUUACAAGACUGCUAUUGAAGAUGAAGAAAGUAAUUUUAUUUGCUCGCCAAUCAGUGCCUCAAUUGCACUCGCAAUGACAGUUUUUGGUGCAAGAAAUAAUACCGCAAAACAAAUACGUUCAGUACUGCACUUGAGUGAAGAUGAUGAAGUGAAUAAAUUAGGUUAUCAACAUCUCAUUGACACGUUUAAUGCAAUUAAAAAUGUUCAACUUGAUAUUGCCAAUAAAUUGUUUCUAGCUGACGACAUGCAAGUACAUUGUCCAUUUGUUUCUAUAACAAAAGAUUUCUUCAGAUCAGAAUUACAGCUGGUUGAUUUUGGUCAGUGUGAAAAUGCUCGAAAAAUAAUUAACAAUUGGUGUGAAGUUAAAACCAAUAAUCGAAUAAAAGACAUUCUACAACCUCGUGAUAUUAAACCAAAUACAAGAUUAGCAAUUGUCAAUGCGAUUUACUUCAAAGGAAGCUGGGAUAGUCAAUUUAAUAGUAAGAAAACAAGCCUUGAACCAUUUAACAUCGAUAAAGAAAAUCAAAAAAAAGUGCUGAUGAUGAAACAAAAAGCUUAUUUUAAUAACGGUACUCUUCAUAAUCUUGAUGCUAUAUUUGUUGAACUCCCUUACGAGAGUAACAGUGCAGAAGAUGCAAUGAGCAUGUUUAUCAUUCUUCCAAACAAAAUUGAUGGAUUAAAAAAAAUUGAAGAAAGUUUACACGAAAUUAAUUUCCAGCAGUUGCAUGCUCAUGAAUAUGUAAAAAAAAUAAUUUUACAAUUACCAAAAUUCAAAAUUGAAAGCAGAAUGGUACUUAAUGAUACACUGAAAAAGAUGGGCAUAGUUGAUAUGUUUGAUGAAGCUGACUUUUCUGGUAUAUCAAAUGAAUCUCUUUCUGUUGAUAAAGUAAUUCAAAAAGCUUUUAUUGAAGUAAAUGAAGAAGGAAGUGAAGCUGCAGCUGCUACAGCUGUAUUAAUUGCACGAAGCUUACCACGUGAUCCACCACCUGAGAUUAUCGUUAACCGACCAUUUUUCUGUUCUAUUGUUGCAACAAAAACAGGCACACAACUUUUUAAUGCUCGUGUUGUAGAUCCUUCUCAUGGUUCAUCUUAAUAUCGUCUAAAUAAUCAUUUAUUUUCUAUUCUACAUCAACAGCUGUUUAAAACUCAACAA